GGUCAAUCGGGGUCACGUCGGACCGCUAGUGUACGUACGUACAGUGGGAGGGGGUUGUGUGGUCAUUUUUGACAAGAUUUGUCCAGGAAUGUUAAAGGAAGCAGCUAAAGACCAGAGCAGGACAGAAUCCAGACUGACAUCUGCACACAGUCCUACUGAUAAUGGAGCCUGGAGAUACAGAUCCACCCAUGAUCUCCGAACCGCCACUGGACCCUGAAGGGGACGCGGACAAGGAGCGACCGUUCAAGUGUCGCUUCUGUAACUACGCCGCCACACAGCGAACCCACCUCCGCUGCCACGAGCGCACGCACACCGGAGAGAAGCCGUACAAGUGCGACGUUUGCGGGUACGCGGCCGCCCAGAAGACCAACCUGAACUCGCACAAGCGCGUGCACAGCGGCGAGCGGCCGUACAAGUGUAAGAUGUGCCCGUACGCCGCCAUACAGCGCUCCAACCUCACCAGCCACUACCGCGCCAAACACGGCGUACAGAAGCCCACCAUCUACAUCGAGCACGACAGCCCUCCCAGAAUGCACCUGGAGCAACAAGAUGGCGACACGUUCUCAGCCAUCGCCGCUGCCCACGGUAUAGAACAAGUCCCGGGUUUUACCAACGCCGCGUUUUCACCAUACGCCAACCACGGCGAUCACUCAACCGGACCACCUAUGACUAGAACUCCCAGUCUUCAUGUAGGUAUGAAUGGUAACCACUUUGAAGUACCAGUCAGUAUUAACAGCCACACAGUCAGACAAUCUGAAACAGCUUCUUCCACAACUAGCUCGUCCGCGCAUGGAGAAGAAAUCAUGGAUCUGACCUGUAUCAAAAAGGAGGAGGAGGCUGUCAUUGUCUUAGAAGGAUCGCAGACUUCCCAACUGCCAGACCACAACAAAGGCGAGGCAUCUCCAGGUCAAAUGUCUUCAGGAAACGUAAGAAAGAGACAAGAUGAUGAGAGUCCAGGUGCAAAUGCUCACUCCAAUGAUACACAGAGGAGAAUGUUUGACGGUCAAAGCAAAGACUGGAAUGCCUCAAACCCUAACCACAACCAACAAAGUCACGAAACAAGUGUACAGAGAAAUGAGGAAAGCAGCGCUAGCCCAAGUCACCAAGCCACACCAAUUUAA